GGGGCGGCGCCCGCCUCUUCCCAGCCCCAUCUAAUCCCCCUGCGGGUUCCAGCUCCACCCCCUUUGGGCCUCUGGGGCUGCUGGGCCCUGAGUUCCCUUCUCAGGUUCUCCCAGAUCUCCCAGGGUUUGACUUUCUUGGGAGGGACGGGGCGUGGGCACCUGCGGAUCACAGCCCACCCCAGCUGUCCUGGCAGCCUCGGGGUUUGAUGGGAAGGGGCGGGGAGGCCAGGUGGUACAGAAAAUGGGGGAGUGGGGGACUGGCAGGUGAGGGGUGCAAGGGUCCUGGGAGUUGCUGCUGCCCCCGGAGGAGGAACGGGCCGAGGCUGGGCUGCAGCUCUGCCUGGGCAGUAGCUGCUCCCAGUGGACUCCCUUCCGGCUGGGGUGGGGUUCCUGGAAACAGCUCCACCCUGCCUCUCUCGACCUGGCUCAGGGCUCAGGAAUGGCACGCCCCAGAAACUCCUGCCUGACUUGUCCUGGCCUGGGCUAGGGUGCCAGGGCCUGGGUGCAGAAGUCCUCGGCAGUGCCCAGAUGCCAGUGCCAGAUGGGCAGCAGGAGGCUCUGGAGGCCGUGCCCAGGCUCUGAACUACCCUAGGUCUGCAGACUGACUGGCCGUGGGCCCUAGAUAUGGCCCAGCCACUGGCCUUUGUCCUCAAUGUCCCAGAGACCCCAGAGGACCCAGAGGGCAGCCAGGAGCCCAGCCCCUAUGAUGAGAGCGAAGUGCACGACUCCUUCCACCAGCUCAUCCUGGAGCAGAGCCGCUGGGCUGCUGAGGAGGGCCUGGAGCUGCAGCGGAGGGAGCCGGGGACCGGAGCCCUGGGGGACUCAGGCAGUGACCGCCAGGCCCUGCUGGGGCCUGAGGACGCCCCCGCCCACAGCACGGCCACGCUCCGCAUCCUGGCCAGCAUGCCCAGUCGCACCAUCGGCCGGAGCCGGGGUGCCAUCAUCUCCCAGUACUACAACCGCACCGUGAAGCUGCGUCGCCGGGCCAGCCGGCCUGAGCUCAAGGCCGCCAGCCGCUCAGCCCGGCCCAGCCUCCGCCUGUAUGACCUGGAGCUGGACCCCAUGGUCCUGGAAGAGGAGGAGAAGCGGACCCUCCUGGUGAAGGAGCUUCAGGGCCUGCCAGUGGCCCAGCGGGACCACAUGCUUCGGGGGAUGCCUCUGAGCCUGGCCGAGAAACGCCACCUGCGAGAGGACAGCCGGAGCCCGAGGGGCAAGCCGAGGACCCAGCAGGGCGGCCGGGGGCUCCUCUCCUGCUGCGGCCAGCUCCGGGACGGCUGUAUCCUGGCCUUGCACAACCUGGGGCUGGCGCUGCUCUCAGGGCUGCAGGCCCUGAAGCCCUGGCACUACGCCCUGAAGCGGAUCGGGGGUCAGUUCGGCUCCAGCGUCCUCUCCUACUUCCUCUUCCUCAAGACUCUGCUGGCCUUCAACACGCUCCUGAUGCUGCUACUGCUGGCCUUCAUCGUGGGCGUGCAGGCUGCCUUCCCGCCCACGCCUUUGGGCUCCGUGCCUGCCUUCACGGGCCUGGAGCUCCUCACUGGCGGGGGUCGCUUCACCCACACCGUCAUGUACUACGGCUACUACAGUAAUGCCACCUUGAACCAGCCUUGUGUCCCCACACUGGAUGGCAGCCAGUGCACCCCUGAGGCGGGCAGCCUGCCCUACAACAUGCCCCUAGCCUACCUCUUCACCAUGGGGGUGGCCUUCUUUAUCACCUGCAUCACUCUGGUGUACAGCAUGUCUCGCUCUUUUGGGGAGAGCUACCGUGUGGGCAGCACCUCGGGGGUCCAUGCCAUCACUGUCUUCUGUUCCUGGGACUACAAAGUGACUCAGAAGUGGGCCUCCCGCCUCCAGCAUGACAACAUCCGAACCCAGCUGAAGGAACUGCUGGCCGAGUGGCAGCAGCGGCAGGGCCACCGGAGCAUGUGCGUGUGGCUGCGGCAGGUGGCUGUGCUGGGGCUCGUGUGGCUGCUGUAUCUGGGGACCACGCUGGGCUGUGCCGUGGCCGUCUACACCUUCUCAGAGCUUGUGAUUGAGCGUCCGGUGUCUGCCGAGCGCGAGGGGGCGCUGCUGGCCCUGCCCGUGGUGGUUGGCCUCAUCAACCUGGGGGCCCCCUACCUGUACCGCUGCCUGGCCGCCCUGGAGCGGCAUGACUCCCCGGUGCUGGAGGUGUAUGUGGCCAUCUGCAGGAACCUCAUCCUCAAGAUGGUCGUCCUGGGGAUUCUUUGCUACCACUGGCUGGGCCGCAGGGUGGGCGCCUUAAAGGACCAGUGCUGGGAGAACUUCGUGGGCCAGGAGCUGUACCGGCUCAUGGCGAUGGACUUCAUCUUCACGCUGCUGGACACGCUUUUCGGGGAGCUGGUGUGGAGGCUCAUCGCUGAGAAGAAGCUUCAGAGGGGGAAGCCGGAGUUCGACAUCGCAGGGAACGUUCUGGAGCUGAUUUACGGGCAGACCCUGACCUGGCUGGGGGUCCUCUUCUCCCCGCUGCUCCCCGCCAUGCAGAUCAUCAAGCUGCUGCUCCUCUUCUAUGUCAAGAAGACCAGCCUGAUGGCCAACUGCCAGGCGCCGCGCAGGCCGUGGAAGGCUUCCCACAUGAGCACCGUCUUCAUCUCGCUGCUCUGCUUCCCCUCCUUCCUGGGCGCUGCCAUCUUCCUCUGCUACGCCGUCUGGCAGGUGAAGCCCUCGAGCAUCUGCGGCCCCUUCCGGACCCUGAACACCAUGUAUGAGGCCGGCAAGGUGUGGGCGGGCCGCCUGGAGCAGGCGGGCCCCGGCGUCUCGUGGCUGCCCUGGCUCCACCGGUCCCUGGUGGAAAACACCUUCCCCGUCUACCUGGUGUCCGCCCUGCUGCUGGCCGUGAUCUACCUCAACAUCCAGGUGGUGAAGGGCCAGCGGAAGGUCAUCUGCCUCCUCAAGGAGCAGAUCAGCAACGAGGGAGAAGACAAAAUCUUCCUCAUCGACAAGAUCCAGUGUGUCUACGAGAGGAAGGAGAGGAGCAGGAUCGGCAGGACCGAGGCAGCUGUGAGGCCCCCAGCGCUGCUCAUAGAUGACGCGGACGCCUGCUAGGACAGCCCGGGUCUGGCGGUCUGUGCCCCCGUUUCCUCAGCUCCACAGGCACCGAUGCUGACAGGGACGCGAGGACGGACUUGCCUGAGGCUGCAGCACCCGGGGGGCACACUGCGUGGGACUGUCUAUUCUGAUUAACCACAGUUUGCAAAACGGGCUCAUCUCUUGGGAGUCGGUGCUUACACCAGGCGUGUGUAGGUACCACAGUGCCCCCACCCCCUGCUCUGGGCCCGCAGCCUGCCUCCUGCUGCCCCCUGGACGGCCUCCAGGCCAAGGUCAGAGGAACCCUGGCCUCCUGUACCUGCCACCCCUUCGGUUUCUCCUUCUGCUGCUUCAAGGCUCCUUUCCUUUCUGCGCCAGGCCCUGGGCCUCACCAGAUGCUCUGGGGGCUCCCCUGAUGCUGGGCUCCUGAAAAAACAGGUUUGGUGGGGCUUCAGUGCUGAGCACAGGGAGCCCUCUGCUGGCGCAGCCCCAGAUGGCAGGGAUGGACCACGCUGUGGCUUCAGACGCUGCCCCUGCUAGCCUGUGCCCCUGGGGCUGGCACCACUGGGGGGGUGGGGGGGGGUGAGGCAGGCAGGCUAGAACAACGACAGGGUGUGCAGAGGUGACAAAGUGAUACUUUAGAGCCUGUUGGGGUGAGUCAUUUGCUAGUGAGCCAUGGGGAGAGAAGCCUGCAGGCAACCGUGCCCAGGCCUGUGGCAGGAGAGGAGUCUGGCUGUCUGGCACUGGUGAGGGGCGACCCCUGUGUGAUGCAGUGGGCCUGAGGGUGCUGAACACAGGAACUGCGGAAGUGGCCCUGAUGGGGGAGUGGCAGUGGGCCCACCUCCCCUCAUCUCAGGAUGGGAAGAACCCGGGAGAGGGAAGCCUGGCCUGGGCGGCCGGGUCCGACCCACGGCGGCGGCGAUGCUACUGCCUAGGCUGGCCCCACAUGGUCCCAUGCCUGGUGCUCCUGUGUUGUCACCUGCGGACUUGGCCCCAGGGGCCCAUCCUGUGUCAACCUGACUUCCUCAGGCGUCUUUGAUGACAGGCCAGGCGUCCUGGGCUUGUUGUGGCAGGUCCUAGCCAGGAGGGGCCUAGGGACCCUGUGGGCAGCUGGCUCAAUGCGCGUGGCGACUCCCGCGGGGCCUCGGGCUCUCCAGGCCAACACCCUCGACGCCUGCCUCUGCACGAACAGCAUGGACGGGCUUUUGGGUGGACGUCCAGCCCUUGCGGGCGUUACCUUCGGCUGCGAUGGGGCCCACCUCACGUGCCCCGCAGCACCUACGAGGUCGGGACAAGCUGCUGAGGACACACAGGAGUGGGCCCGCGGCUGUUUCCGAGGUCCUGGCUGUGAUGCUCAGUGGGGGUCCCUGGUUACUAACUCGAGCGCUAGUCACAGUGCAGCCACGACAGCGUUUGUGGAGGGCUCACCAGCCGGUCACUGGCUUUAAGAUUAUACCCGGAGAUGGGGAGGGGCGCCUCCGCCCAUCAGGGGCGAGAGCGCCAGAGCAAAGCGGGGGUCUUCCCAGAGGAAACCGUGCCUGGGGCGGCGUCACCCGCCUGCCCGGCCGGUCCUCCUGCCGCGCGCCUCUGGUGCAGUUUCUGAUGCACGUGUGGCCUCCGGACCCUCCAGCUGGACUCUUCCGUGGUGGAGCCCACGUGGGGCUGGGUGAGUGAUGGCUGUUGAGUCAGAAGGGCCUGGAUUUGAUCCUCUUCAGCUCGCGGCCAUGUGCACGCUCUGCAACCUCUCCCAGAUCCAUUUCCUCACCUCAUGGGGCUGUUGGAACAAUGGACACAGUCUAGACAGUGCCAUUCCACGCCUGGCACGUAGUAGUUUUGCCAAAAUAAAUAAAUAAAUAAAUAAAAAUAAAAGACAAAUGAGAUCAACUGAACUAUUGAAAACUGCCAUUCCAAUGAGUGAGAGGUUGACAGUUUUGGCCUUGGCUGCUCAGUGGGACCAACUGGGGAGCUUUAACAGGUCAGGCGUCUGGGCCUGCAACCAGAAAUUCUGGUUGAAUGGGUCUGAGGCGUGUCCAGCACUGGGAUUUUUAACCAUUUCUGGAUAACUCCAACAUGCAGAGAACCAGCAUCUGAAAUGCCAAAGCCAGAAGCUUCUGCGCACGUAGGGGGCGUUUGGAAAUGUGCCUGUGGCUUUCAUGAUGACUGGGGGGCCAGACUCUGAGGCUAGACCUGCUGCCACUCAAGGGACAGGGCCACGCAAGCAAACCUCUCGAGCGCGUUUCCGCUGUGAAAGCUGCUGUGCAAAGCUGGUCCGUGCACUUCAGGUUUCCGCCGUGAUUCCAGUGUGGUUUCUUCCCGAUCCAUCCCACAAAUUCUCUUCCUGCAAAGAAUCUUCUUGAAAUGCCCUUCUCCCGUCUUCCCCUUCUCAGAGACCAUGUGCUCAGGUCCUCAGCCCCCGAAACCUUGUCUUUGCGCCCCUCGGGUCGGUGCAGGCCGUGACAGCUCCCUCCAGGCCUCUCCUCUGCACGACAGUCCCUCUGUACACGGCGAGCUUCCUGCUGCUCUGGAUGCCCUCCCCGCCUUCUUUGGCUUCUCCCACAGUGUUGCCAGAACCGGUUUUUAAAAAGUGCAGUGCUGAGCCUUGAGUUUUUCCUUGAUUCCAGGCUCUUUUUCACCCGUGGGCACCAGGAACCGCCCCCACUCCAGGCCGUGAAGUGGUCACUGGCUUUCGCUGUGCUCCCUCUGCCCCUGCUCUCCCCAGGCUGCCGCAACCCCAUCGGCCGCCCAGCCCAGGGCAGUGCCACCUCCUCCGUGAAGCCUGCCUUACCCUCAGGACAUGCUGGAGCUGUUCACUCCCUGGUGGCUAUCCUGGAUGUGCGGGUGCAGGAGGAGCUCCUGCCCGCGGAAGGCACGGCUCUCAGCGCCAUGGAGUCGCUGCUGCAGGUGCACAUGAGCUUGGGUGUCAAGGACACUGGCCCGUCCAGUUCUGAGACCCGCUCUUCCUCCUCGAGGUCCCAAAUUGCUCCCGUCCUGCCCACGGGGGGCCAGCCAGGGUCCUAUCUCCCGGAUAAAAGGUGGUUGUAACCCCUGAGAGUAGAGAGAGAAAGACGUUCCUUCUGCUGCUCUGGGCGUGGCUCAAAGGACACUUGGCUGGUCUUCAAGAGGCUCUCCUUACGCGCCUGAGGAAACAGAAGCACCGGGGCUGGACUUAUUUAAGGGCACAGCAGAGCAACGCCAGAUCCUUCACCCACUGAGCGAGGCCAGGGAUCGAACCUGCAACCUGAUGGUUCCUAGCCGGAUUUGUUUCCACUGUGCCAUGAUGGGAACUCCAUUUCUCUGGAUAUUUCUGAUGCCCAGACAGGGUCAUGGGUGAGAGCGAGCAGUGGUCCUUGGCUGGGGCCGCUUCCCAUGGCUGCCCCGACAGCGCUGGUCCCCCCCCGGGGGGGGGAGUGGGUCCAGGUGGGUAGCAGGUGGGGAUCUCUAGUUCUUUUUUUGGUGUUUUUUUGGCCCCGGCGUAUGGAGUUCCCAGGCCAGGAAUCAGAUCCGAGCCGCCGAAGCUGCGACCUAAGCCUCAGCUGUGGCAGCGCUAGAUCCUUAACCCACCGUGCCGGGCUGGGGAUUGAACUUGCGUCCUAGCGUUCCCAAGAUGCCGCUGAUCUCGUUGUGCCACAGCGGGAGCUCCUGGAGACCUCUAGUUCUACCGCACCUCUCGACGACUAUUAAUAGGAGCUCAGUGUUGACUGCAAAAUCACAAAAAUGAUAAAGUUACAAGUCAAGCAACGGAAACUUGGAGUUUAUUUAAUUAUAAAUGCAAACUCUGAGGCUAACACAAAAAGACAGGGAAUUUCUUACACACAGAAGGACAAGUCUCGCUCCCAACACAUGCAAAGUGAAUAUGGAUGACAUCCGUCUUUGAAAAAUAAAAAACACAGGUAUUCGAACAGCCAAGAAAAAAAUUGCAAUUUAUUAAGAUUCAACAAAGCGUUGUACUUUUGAAAGCAACUGUCGGUGCAUUUUCUUCAACAAUCACAUUCUAUGAAGAAAAACAUUAAAAGCCACAAACUCGGUUUUUAAUCUCAGAGUUACAGACGUCUUUAAUUCAAAAUAAAAGGUCAAAACAAAACAAAACCCCAACAACAACAACAACAACAAAAAAAAACAGAAACAAACAAACAGAUUCUUUACUUCCAUCCCCAAUUUAAAAAUAUCAGGAGUUUUCUACAACUCGAUGCUAAAUGCAGCUUGGGAAGCUGGGUGCACGCACACACGCACGCACCUAUAUUUGAUGUACGUUUGCAGAGACGUGGACACCAAAUAUACAGAGUGCGUGAAUAGGCAAUGAGAUGCAGUUACUCUGAGGAAGGUCUGUUUAGCUAAAUACACUACCGAACUUGAGAAAAAAGUCUGGAACCAGUUUGUGCAUAGUUCAUGAUCCUCUAUAAAACCAGCUUUUGUGGAUCUGCAAUUUUGCAGGAACUUUUUUUUUCCUUUUCUUUUUUUUUUGUUUUUUUGUUUUUUUUUUUCUUGUUUUGUUUUGAUAAAACCAUUAAAAAGCUAAUUAAAAAAAAUGUAAUGCACAAGUUUCCUGAUCAAGCAGGCAGGGAGCACAAUGUUCAUAUAUAUAUAUUUUUAAACAUACUUGAGGGUAUGUUACUCCAUUGUCUGUCUUUCUUGCAAAAACAAUCAAAACAUUGAUCAUUUUUAAAACAUAAAGCAAUUUUUAAUAUAUAAAGCACUCUUCGAACAUCUAUUUCCUUUGAGUCCGUUAUUUGGUACAUACGUAACUGCUACACGUUAGAGAUUAGGUAUCUUUCUUCUUUGUGGGUUUUUUUUUUCCUCUUUUUUUCUUUUUUUUUUUCUUUGUUUUUUGUUUGCUUGUUUUUUUAAUAACAUCUUCAGUGCUAGAAGUUGGGUUACAAAAUACAUGAAAUGGUGUGGAGCUGCCCCUCGGGAACCCUGGCUUUCCUGAGAGCGCAUCCGCGUGUGCAAGACAGUGACCACCACUCGUCCCUCGAUGGAGGGACAGUGGACAGAGUCCACGACGAUGGCCGGAGGGGAAAACAACACUGCUCAAUCCCAGAGCUCUGAAGGAGCGGACCUGCUUCUGAAAAUAGCUUUCUUUACGACGGAAGUCUUUUUUUUUUUUUUUUAAAUUCCUUUUUUAAUUUUUUUUUUUUUUUUUUUUUUUUUUUUUUUUAAUUUUAAAGUCUGAAGGAGAAAAAAAGGUCUGUAAACAGGUGGGAGCCCUCACCACGGGCUCCUCCGAAAGCAGUCACAACCCACGUCCAAGUGCUUGUUCCCGUUCCUCCCGAGGAACCAUCCAUCCUCCACAAGUAUCUAUGGCCACAGUUCAGCAAGAGUUUUUUUUCUCUUUAACUUUAUAUUCCAAAUGGAAAAAUGGUGCAAUACUCUGGUAAUAAUUUUCUUGCAUUAGUCCACAAUAAAAAGCUGCUAAAGGUAGGUAUACAUAUUAUUUCUCCAGAGAUAUACACUGUAAUUUUUAAACGCAAUAACAGAGUCCUUGAGUAAACAUUUACACAUGAAUUGUCACCAGCCCUGUCCUAAGAAUUCUCUUUAAUGUAUAGGAUUAGCUAAAGGAAGGGCAGGGACACUCAGUGCAAAGUUAGAAGCUAAUAAUAAUAACAAACCUUUGACCAAUGCGCCAAAAAA